CUUGGGGGCUCAUUCUGCGCAAGUGCACAUCCAGCCCUAUCUCUUUCCGAGGGCCUUCUCUGCCUGAAGAGGACACGAUCUCGGCUUCCUUGGGUCUGUGGGGGAAUAGAGGCUGCGCGCCGGGGGUGAGAGCACUGGGGACACGGCUUCGCGAAGUGUGGGGCUCUGCCAGGUCGGAAGGGGACAUAAAUUGUUAAUUCAUCGACUUUUGAGUUACACAGCAGUGAAAAGACAAGUUUAAGCCGACAUAAUCAUAUUGGAGAUGCACUUGUUCAGGAGAACCUUUUCAUUUCUUUACAUUCUUCAAGGAGCAGCAGAAAAUGAACAUAGCUCAGUUUGAUUUCCAUGUGUUUAGGUGUGGAUCUCGCACUCUAAAUUUAUCCUACUUGAAGUUUGUUGAGCUUCUUGGAUUUGUAGAUUAAUGUUUAUCAUGAAAUUUGGAGACUUCUUGGCCAUUGUUUCUUCAAAUAUUCUUUCAGACUUUCUGUUUGGGACUCAUGCAUAUGUUGGGGUCUGUGUCAUUCGAAGACGUGGUUGUUGAAUUUACCCAGGACGAAUGGCAGUACAUGAGCCCUGCUCAGAGGACACUGUACAGAGAUGUGAUGCUGGAGAACUAUAGCCACCUCAUCUCAGUGGGGUAUUGCUUGACCAAACCCAAGAUGAUCUUCAGGUUGGAGCAAGAAGAAGAGCCCUGGUCCUUAGAGGAAGAAUUCCUAAACCAGAGGUACCCAGGAUAUUUCAGCAUUGAUAUUCACAUUGAGGGGAACCAGGAAAAACAAGAGAAACCUCUGUGGCAAGUAAUAUUCACUAAUAACAAAACAUUGAGUAAGGAAGAGGAGAAAGUCUUAGAAAAACCGUUUAACCUGGAUAUAACUCCAAAUUCUUCAGGAAAUAUGCCUUGUAAAUAUGACUCAUGUAGAAUGAAUUUGCCAGUUGUUUCUGAAUUAAUUAUUUGUGAUAGAAACUAUUCAAGAAAGAAGGCUGAUUACGUGGAUGUAUGCAAAAAAUUGAAGCUUGAUACUAAGCAUGAGAAAACUUACACUGGAGAGAAGUCUUACAGAUAUAAUAAAAAUGUAAAACCUCUCAGUUAUUGGAAAAAUCAUCAGAAACUUCAAACCCUGGAACAAUCUUUUGAAUGUAAUGAAUUUGGGAAAAUUUUACAUGAUAAGACUGUUUGUGUUAUAGGAGAGGAAUCCUAUAAGGGUGAUGAAUUUAGGGAAAACUGUGAUAACUACAUGAGAACUGGCACAAAAGAGAAAUGCUUUCAUCUUAAUGAAUGUAGGAAAUCCAAAACCACUAUUGAGAAUUACAAUAAAGUUCACAUGGCUGUGGCACACUAUGAAUGUAAUGAAAGUGGGAAUAACUUCAGCAGUAUCUCAUCUCUCACUCAGCCUCAGAGAACUGCUACAGAACAGACUAGUUUUGCAAGCAAUAAGUGUGAAGAAAACUUGAGCCAGAGCUCAGCCCAUAUAGUACAAAAAAAGACACAAACUAGAGAUGAAUUUUGUGUGUAUAAUGGAUGUAUAAAUACCUUCUACCAGAAAUUAGACCUUAUAGUAUGUCAGAGAACUCACACAGAAGAGGAAUUGUACCAGCGUGGUAAAUACAGGAGGUCCUUCCAUCAGAACUUAGCCCUUAGUGUACAUCAGCAAAGUGAAACUGGAGAGAAGUCAUUUGAAUGUAAUGAAUGCAAGAAAUCCUUUUACCAGAAAGUACAACUCAUUCAUCAUCAGAGGACCCAUCCAGGGGAGAGACCUGAGGAAUGUGGGGAAUCUUUUUGUUCAAAUUCACACCCUGUUCAUUAUCCUGGAACUGAUAUAGGGGUCAGUCUCUAUGAAUGUAGUAAAUGUGAGAAAACUUUCUGUCAGAAGUUAAACCUCAGUGAAAAUCGGACAGUUCACACAAAGGAGAAACCUUAUGAUAAUAGUGGAUGUGGGAAAUCUUACAAGAAGUCUGCUCUCGUAGUAUGCCAAAGAACACACACAGGGAUGAAGCUCUGUCAAAGUAAUGUAUAUGGAAAAACAUUCUCCAAGAUGUCACAUAUCAGAGAACAUCAGAGAAUUCACACAAGGGAGAAAUCCUACAAAUGUAUUGAAUGUGGCAAAGCUUUCUCUAAGACAUCACAUCUCAGAGCACAUCAGAGAAUUCACACAGGUGAAAAACCCUACAAAUGUGUUGAAUGUGGGAAAACUUUCUCUAAUAAGACACACCUUAGUGCACAUCAGAGAAUUCAUACCGGGGAGAAACCCUAUGUAUGUAAUGGAUGUGGGAAAACUUUUGCUGAUAAUUCAACCCUCAGAGCACAUCAAAGAAUUCACACAGGGGAGAAACCCUAUGAGUGUAAUGAAUGUGGGAGGCCUUUUACCCAUAUAUCUGUUCUCAGAGCACAUCAGAGAAUUCAUACUGGUGAGAAACCCUAUGAAUGUAAUGACUGUGGGAGAUCUUUUGCCCAUAAUUCAGCCCUUAGAGCACAUCAGAGAAUUCACACAGGAGAAAAACCCUAUGAGUGUAGUGACUGUGAAAAAACUUUUGCCCAUAAAUCAGCUCUCAAAGUACAUCAGAGAAUUCACACAGGAGAGAAACCAUAUGAAUGUAAUGAAUGUGCAAAAACUUUUGCCCAUAAUUCAGCCCUCAGAGCACAUCAGAAAAUGCACACAGGGGAGAAACUCUAUGAAUGUAAUGAAUGUGGGAAAACUUUUUCACAGAAGACACACCUCAGUACACAUCAGAGAAUUCACACAGGUGAGAAACCUUAUGAAUGUAGUGAAUGUGGGAAAACCUUCUCUCAGAAAUCAUACCUCAGUGGACAUGAAAGAAUUCACAAAGGGGAAAAACCUUAUAAAUGUAAUGAAUGUGGGAAAACAUUUGUUUAUAAGGCAGCUCUCAUUGUCCAUCAAAGAAUUCACACAGGAGAGAAACCCUAUGAAUGUAAUGAAUGUGGGAAAACUUUCUCCCAAAGGACACACCUCUGUGCACAUCAGAGAAUCCACACAGGGGAGAAACCUUAUGAAUGCAAUGAAUGUGGGAAAACUUUUGCUGAUAAUUCAGCCCUCAGGACACAUCAGAGAAUUCACACAGGGGAGAAACCCUAUGAGUGUAGUGAAUGUGGGAAAACUUUCUCCAAGACAUCACACCUCAGAGCACAUUUGAGGACUCAAACAGGGGAGAAACCCUAUGAAUGUAAUGAAUGUGGGAAAACUUUUUCCCAGAAGUCAUAUGUUACUGCACAUCAGAGAAUUCAUACAGGUGAGAAACCCUUUGAAUGUAAUAUAUGUGGGAAACCUUUUGCCCAUAAUUCAACUCUCAGAGUACAUCAGAGAAUUCACACAGGUGUAAAAUCCUAUGAAUGUAAUGAAUGUGGGAAGACUUUCUCCCAGAAGUCACACCUAAGUGCACACCAGAGAAUCCACACAGGGGAGAAACCCUAUGAGUGUAAUGAAUGUGGGAAAGCUUUUGCACAAAAUUCAACUCUCCGAGUACACCAGAGAAUUCACACAGGAGAGAAACCCUAUGAAUGUAAUGAAUGCAGAAAAACUUUUGUCCGUAAGGCGGCUCUUAGAGUACAUCACACCAGAAUGCACACCAGAGAGGAAACCCUUACAUGUAGUGAAUUUGGGAAGUCCUAAUGGGACUCAGAUCUUAUUGGAUAACAUAUAUUAAAGAAGCUUAUGUCACAUAGACUGGCAAAUUGUUUCCUUUUCCGCUAGGCACAUACAUAGCUUGUCUAACAAUCUGUCCUUCAUUCAAGUGAUGCUGGUCAUGGAAUAUGACACUAUUACAUUUAAUCUAAGUCUAACCUUCAGAAGUCACCUUACAUUCUUUCUGGCCUAUAUUAUACUGUAUAGAGAUAUUUCCAGGGCAGACUUCAGUGCCAUGUAUUAAAUAUGGUAGAACAUAAGGUGAAAGAAGCCAAAUCUGAAUAACUGGGUGAAACAACAUCUCCACUAACAUCUUCACAAGUUGGCUUAAAAGAAAAACAUCAAAUUGUACUCUGUUGAGCUUUUACAGAUUUUGUUCUAUUGGUUAAACACACAUAGCUUAGAUAAUUCUGUUAUGGUGGGACAAAACCCUAUGAAUAUAAAUGUCAGGAAGACCUAUAAAAUUCAGCCUGUCACUAUGUAUCAGAGAUUCCAUAUGAGGAGAAAAGCUGUCAACAUCUUGAGUGAUCAGAAGCCUUCAUUAAAAAUUAGAGAAAUCUCAGGGAAAAACGCAAAAGCCUUUACUAGAUGUUAAACAUCAAAUAAUUAAGAUUUGACCAAAAUCUUAUACUUUGAUAAUUUAUAUUUUAAUGAAUAUUGAACAGUUGUUUCAGAUUUUUUUCCUGAGGAAAUGUAUCAGUUUCAGAAUUGAAGAUAAAAUCUUCACCUAGAACUGUUGUACCUAAAUUUGUGAUUUAUAUAUAACUUCAAGUUUUAUAGAAAACAUAUAAUAAAAUAUUCACCUGUACAGAAACUCACUGUGGAAUGUGAAGUUUUAAAGAUGGAGGAAUAACUUAAAUUCUGUGUACAACCCCAAUAAAUGUUUGUGGCUAGUCUCUGA